AUGGGACAAAUUCUUGAGAAACUUAAAGGUAAUGAAUGGAAAGAAAAGCAGAUUAGAAAGAUAACUGACAAAAUUUUUGAUCAUUAUAAGAAUGAAUCUGGAAAGGCCAGUAUGACAUUUGAGGAGCUCCAUAUUGCUGUUCUACUUGUGUACAAUGAUAUUAAUAAGCGUUUACCUGGGCCUCAUUUUGAUCCUCCCACGAAGGAGGAAAUUAAGAUUCUGAUGCAGGAGAGUGAUAUCAACUUCGAUGGUGAACUGGAUCGUGAAGAAUUUGUGAAGUUCAUGCACAGGAUAACCAAGGAUACGUUCAUCACUGUGAGUCAGGGAUUAAUAACUACCCUGGCAGUUGCCCCAACAAUUGCUUUGCUGACAAAGAGGUCAACAGAGAAUGUCCCAGGCAUUGGGAAGGUGGUGCAGAAGUUGCCGAAUUCAGUCUAUGCAUCUCUAGCGACCCUGGUGAUUGUCAUGUUUCAACAGGGUUUAGAGAGAGCAUAG